GGGACGCGGCGAGCUCGGAGUCCGGGACUCUUUGUGCUGGGUGGAGUAGGGGCCUGCGGACCCCGUGCCUGUGUGGCUGGAGGAGGACGCCGGGCACGGCUUUGCCGGUGCGGGUGGUUCCCUGAGGCCGCGGGAGCAGCGUGUGAAGGACUGUGAGCGUGUGGCUAGGUAGUACCUUAUUUGCCAGACACUUGCCUGUGACCGAGUGUGGCCGUGGAAUUCUGUGGGUAAGCGAAUUUUGUGGCUUUGCUUUUUCCUUCUCUGUCGCAGUGAACGUGGUUGCGAACGUGUGUGACUGUAGUGAGUGAGAAACUCCGAGGAUGAAAGGUAGAGUUCGGUGGUGUGUGUAGCUUUGCGAUACCAGUUUGUAUCAGUGCUUCAUUUCUGCAGUUACGGUAAUCGGAAAUAUGUUUUUAUAUGAGACAAUAGCUCCAAAACUUUGUUUUAGCAUUUAUUUAUUUCAAGUUUUAUUUUCGUGUAUCGGCCACUUUGUGUGCUUACUAAUUUCAUGCUCCCUGCCUCCCCCCACUCCCCGCCCCAAAUCACAGAAAUGCCCCUAGAAAACAAAAAUCAUUCAUACUUCUACCAGCCACUGUCAAAAUUCAUUUACCAUCUUUUCCCCCUCCUUCUGUGAAUACAUACAUAUGCAUUCAUUUAUUAUAUAUGCAUAGUAGCUUAAAAAUUGGAAUCACACUAUACGUACAGAACUGUAACCUACCUAUGUCAUUUAACAGUACACAAUUAAUAUCUUUACAUUUAAACAAUUAUAAAUCUACGCCAUCAUUUUAAAGUUUUUUAUGGCAUACACUUAGUGCAUUUACCCCUAUUGAUCGGUAAUUUGGUUCUUUUCAGUUUCUUGCUAUUAUGAAGAAUGUGUUUAUUAGCAGCUAUUUGGCACAUGUUGUAAGGCACUUUCUUAAUUUGAGGAGGGGAGGGGUAGGGUCUUAAAACUGGAAUUGAUAGGUCAAAAUGUAUAUGCUUAUUUCUUGUUGUUCUGUUUUUGUUUUUAAAGCAAUCAUUUUCUUGAUCGGAUCAGGAAACAGCUCACCAGGCUGGAGGAUUUGGCCCAUACUGAGAAGCAAAGGAGUUUUCUAAACUCAAAUUUAUUUCUUCUUUUUAAGUCCCCCUCCCGCCUCCGAGAGACUAUAGAAAUAAUUGAUCCUUCAUCCAGGACCAGGCCCAGGAGAUUUACAUGCAAAUUCCCCCUUUUCUCCCCAAAACCCCCUCUCAAACUUAAAAUCCUAGAAGGGGGAAAAAAGGAGAAAACCUUUCUAAACUAGCUGGAACCCUGCCAGCCAUCACCACCCACCCCCAAUCAGGUUCUUUGGGUAUUAAGGAUUUAUUCAUUUAUCCACUCACCACCGUGACAGGAAUAAUUAUAGAUGCUUGGGAUAUAACAUUGGGCAAGAAAGACAAACUCUCUGCUGUCAUGGUACUUACAUUGUUGUGGGCCAGAUAAUAAAUGAGCUCUGCCUUCUCAGGCCCAGUCCAUUCCCAGAAAGAAGAGGAAAUGACUGACUCCCAGAACAAGUUUCAAUAUUUUUUGUCCAGAACAUCUAAGAUGGAUGACUUCAGAUUGAGUGCGAGUAUGUUACAGGAAACAGUGACAUUCAAAGAUGUGGCUAUUGACUUCACUCAGGAAGAGUGGCAGCAAUUGGAUCCUGCUCAGAGGAACCUGUACCGGAAUGUGAUGCUAGAAAACUAUAACAACUUAAUCACAGUGGGAUGUCCAUUCACCAAACCUGAUGUGAUUUUCAAGUUGGAGCAAGAAGAAGAACCAUGGGUGGUGGAGGAAGAAGUGUUAAAGAGACAUUGUCCAGGAGAAAUAUGGGGAAUUGAUGAGCAUCAGAAAAUCCAGGACAGACUUUUGACACAACUUGAAGGUAAAUUCACAAAAACACUGACUGAGGAAAAAGUCAAUGCAUGUCAUGAGAAAUUUGCAAAUGCAUUUCCUCCAGACUCAGACUUUUUCCCUUCCAGUCACAAUCUCUAUGAAUACGACUUAUUUGGAAAGUAUUUCGACUAUCAUAAUGAGAGAGUCCUUAUAAGAAAAGAAAAUUGUGAAUAUAAUGAGCCUGUGAAAUCAUUUGGCAGUACAUUAUCCCAUUUUGUAGUAACCCCCUUUAAGUGUAAUCAUUGUGGAAAAGGUUUCGAUCAAACCUUGGACCUCAUCAGACACCUGAGAAUUCAUACUGGAGAGAAACCCUAUGAAUGUAAAAAAUGUAGAAAAGCCUUCAGCCACAAAGAAAAACUCAUUAAACAUCAUAAAAUUCACAGUAGAGAGCAGUCUUAUGAAUGUAAUGAAUGUGGGAAAGCUUUCAUUAAAAUGUCAAAUCUCAUUAGACAUCAAAGAAUCCAUACUGGAGAGAAACCUUAUGCAUGUAAGGAAUGUGGGAAAUCCUUCAGCCAGAAAUCAAAUCUCAUUGAUCAUGAAAAAAUUCAUACUGGAGAGAAACCUUAUGAAUGUAAUGAAUGUGGAAAAGCAUUCAGCCAGAAGCAAAGCCUCAUUGCACAUCAGAAAGUUCAUACUGGCGAGAAACCUUAUGCAUGUAAUGAAUGUGGUAAAGCCUUCCCUCGAAUAGCAUCUCUUGCUCUUCAUAUGAGAAGUCAUACAGGAGAGAAACCUUAUAAAUGUGAUAAAUGUGGAAAAGCCUUCUCUCAGUUUUCCAUGCUUAUUAUACAUGUAAGAAUUCAUACAGGUGAGAAACCCUAUGAAUGCAAUGAAUGUGGAAAAUCCUUCUCUCAAAGCUCAGCCCUUACUGUACAUAUGAGAAGUCAUACUGGUGAGAAACCUUAUGAAUGCAAGGAAUGUAGAAAAGCCUUCAGCCACAAGAAGAACUUCAUUACACAUCAGAAGAUUCAUACUAGAGAGAAACCUUAUGAAUGUAAUGAAUGUGGGAAAGCUUUCAUUCAGAUGUCAAAUCUCGUUAGACAUCAGAGAAUUCACACUGGGGAAAAACCUUAUAUAUGUAAGGAAUGUGGCAAAGCCUUUAGCCAGAAAUCAAAUCUCAUUGCUCAUGAAAAAAUUCAUUCUGGAGAGAAACCCUAUGAAUGUAAUGAAUGUGGUAAAGCCUUCAGCCAAAAGCAAAACUUUAUUACACAUCAGAAAGUUCACACUGGAGAGAAACCUUAUGAUUGUAAUGAAUGUGGUAAAGCCUUCUCUCAAAUUGCUUCCCUUACUCUUCAUCUGAGAAGUCACACAGGGGAAAAGCCUUAUGAAUGUGAUAAAUGUGGGAAAGCCUUCUCUCAGUGCUCACUGCUUAACUUACAUAUGAGAAGUCAUACAGGUGAGAAGCCCUAUGUAUGUAAUGAAUGUGGGAAAGCUUUCUCUCAAAGAACUUCGCUUAUUGUGCACAUGAGAGGUCAUACAGGUGAGAAACCUUAUGAAUGUAAUAAGUGUGGAAAAGCCUUCUCCCAAAGCUCCUCCCUUACUAUACAUAUACGAGGUCAUACAGGUGAGAAACCCUUUGACUGUAGUAAAUGUGGAAAAGCCUUUUCUCAAAUCUCAUCUCUUACACUUCAUAUGAGAAAACAUACAGGUGAGAAGCCCUAUCAUUGUAAUGAGUGUGGUAAGGCUUUCAGCCAGAAGUCACACCUUGUUAGACACCAGAGAAUUCAUACUUAUUAGAAAUAGAAACCCUGUGAAUCUCAUGAAUAUGGAAAACUCUUCAGAAGGAAUUAGCACCUCCUUGUGCAUUAUGUAAUUGGAUCUAGAGCAGAAAACUGUGAAUGUGGGAAAGCCUUUUGAAGAAGUCACACAUUUGUGAAACAUGAGAAUCUUACCAAGGUGACAAAUUUUAUAGUGAAAAGGUGAUCAUCAAAAAUCUUCAGCAGACAUCUUAUCUAAUGAUAACAUUUACCCAGCAUUCUCAUUAAUAUCUGAAACAGGAUAUUUGCUAUUAGUAUGUCUACAUGCUACUUGAGCUCCUAGCCAAUAUCUUAAGCAAGAAAAAGAAGAUUGGAGAAAAAAAGAAACUAUAAAAAUAACCUGUUAUAUGAGAAUAGUUAAUUAGAAAAUAUGUUGAUAUAAAAUAUCUAAGAAUAAAUAAUGAAUUAUAAGACACAUAUAAAGUUAUACAACAUUUUGAAGGGCACAAAAGAACACCUGAAAAUUUGAGAAAAAUAGCAUUGUCUGAAAAGAUUUGAGAUUGUAAAAAUAUAUAUAUAUAUAAAAUUUCCCACAAAUCUCUAUGUUUAAAGUACAUCCACUCAAAAGUUUUACCAGUUAUAUUUUAAAAAUUUCACAAACUGAAUCAAAAUUUUACAUAGGGAGUUAAAGGACCACUAAUGGCUAAAAAAAAAUGUGAAAGCAAAAGAAAAGGCAGACUACUAGAUAUCAUCACAUAUUUAUGUAAAGCUGCUGCCACUUGAACAAUGUGUUCUUGAUGAGUAAAUAAAUCAGUGGAAACAAACUGGGGACUGGAGGAAGGAAAUACAGGAAUUAUGUGUACUAUAGUGCUAUUAAAACCACUGGGAAAAGGAUGGCCUAUUCAAUAAAUGGAAGAUUCAACAAAAACUGUUAGCUCUCUACUUUAUACCAUAUACAAAAAUAAAACCCAAACAGAUUGAAGACAAUAUAAAAUACAAAAUUUUAUAACUAUGAUAAAAUAGAAUAGACUAUAUUUCUUACUUUAGAGUGACAGGACUUCUUUAAAAACACAUAAAUACGGAACAUUCAAUUCUAUUUUGGUGUAUUGGCUUUAGAAGCACCACAUUUGUGCACAGAGAUACAUGUAUCUCGCUAUGUUCACUGCAUCAUGGUUUGUAUUUACUUUAAAUUGGACAGAACAAGCAUUUCCGUUAGUAGAGAGACAGGUCAAUACGAUGUGAUUAUUUCUAUGAAAACACCAUAAAGAUAUAAGUUUGAUAUAUCAUUACAUUGAUAGAUUACAAUACAUAAUAUUGAGAGAAAAAAGCAAACGUACAAUGAAACAUGGUAUAACAGUUCUAUAAAUUUAAUAUAACAGUGCAAAGUACAGUACUGUGUAUUGAUCUUGAAUACAUAUGUGACAUUGGUUGACUUUUAGGCAUUGGAAGCAGUUGUUUUAUUUAUUUGUAAUAUUUCUUUAAUAAAGAAUGAAAGUGGAUAUGGCAGCAGUAA